CAGGUCUCUAAUUCGCAAUUCGCAUUUCGCGGAAGCUAGAACCUCCGUCAUAACUAUACGAAAUUAUACGAGCUCUACACGCCAGAAGCACGAGGCCACCUUGCUUUAUAUCUUUCCAUUUCUAUUUCCUAUAUUUCCACUUCUCAUGUAAACUAUAUACAUAAUAUCUAUAAUACCACCUUUAAUCAAAUUCAAUCCCAUCUAGAAAGCUAUAUAGAACCAUCGAAUCGAACCUUCGAACUAACCCUGAAUUCCUUCCGCCAUGGCCGAAAUACGUCAGCGGAAAGGCAAAGGCCCCGCAAGGGACGAGACCUACAGGACCGCCAUCGUCGAGGAGCUAGACACAUCCGAGUCAGACACCCCAGCGCCGCCGAAGCCCAAGCCGAGCGUCGAUGAGCUAGUCACCGACGAGGAGGAGUAUAGUCCGUGGGUGGACAUCCUGCGCGUGAUCUCCUUCCUGAUCUUCGCCUCGUGUGGGCUCAGCUACCUAGUUUCAGGCGGCGAGUCCUUCUUCUGGAACAUGCGCGCGCCGCCGAAAUAUAUGCAACUGGAUUGGUGGAAGACGCAACUACGCGGACCAAUCUACCUAACCCCCGCCGAGCUCGCAACCUUCGACGGCACCGACGAAUCCAAACCCAUCUACCUCGCCAUCAACGGCUCCAUCUACGACGUAUCCCUGAACCGACGAACCUACGGCCCAGGGGGCUCCUACCGCUUCUUCGCCGGCGCCGACGCCGCGCGGUCCUACAUAACGGGCUGUUUCGCCGAAGACCGAACGCCCGACCUCCGCGGCGUCGAAGACAUGUUCCUGCCCCUCGACGACCCAGCCGUCGACGCACACUUCAGUACCGCCGAGCUCGCCGCCCUAAAAGAGCAAGAGCUAAAAGAAGCGCAGGAGAAGACCUACGAAGCGCUCGCGCACUGGGUGCGGUUCUUCGAGAACAGCCCCAAGUACUCGAAGGUCGGGUACGUGAAGAGAGAGAAGAACUGGCUCGACAAGGAGCCACGGAAGAAGUUGUGCGAGAGCGCGGCGAAGGGGAGGAAGCCGAGGAAGAUUCCCGGGGCCGAGGAAUGAGUGGGGUGAUUUUAUAUAUACCUAUGGAUAGAUAUAUGAUUUAGCGAAAAAGCAUGUACGAUGUACAGCGGGAGAAUGGGGUUGGUUUUUGGUUCGCUUUGGUAUUUAAUAUGGGUAAUGGAAAAGGGAAUGGUGUAAGGUAUACAGUGUGGCUGUAAUAAAUAGAAAAUUUAUACCUCAGCGUCAACAUGUCGUGGGUCUGGUUUUCUGAAAGACUUAUCUACCAUAGGAUGUAGGUAUCAUACUUUACGUUUAUCGUAUUCAGCCA